AUGAAGCUUAGUGUGGCGUUGUUUUUUGCGGGGCUCUUUGGGGCGUUGGCAGCUGUGUUCAUCCUUCUCUCAUUUGGAACUGACUACUGGCUGCUGGCCUCUGAGAGGUGCUACCCAAACCCUGACGGAUCUGCUGGAUCAGGUGUAGUGACUAUAGAGUCUGGAGAUGUGGUGAUGCAAGAGGGCGCUGCUGGUGUUACUCUAUAUCAUGAGGGGUUUUUCUGGAGGUGUUCCUUUGGAGGCAACAUUGAUGAUGAUGACCUGCUGUGGAAACUCUGGUUCACAAAUCAGCCUCACUCAAAAGUAUGCAUGCACGCAUACCUCUUCCCAUUCCCUGUGUCCCAUCAGACCCACAAUGCCACAGAGUAUGAUUCAGCCAUAAUCUACAGAGGCUUUUGGAGUAUCUUUAUGCUCAUUGGUGUAGCAGCUGUAAUGCUUGGUGGGUUCUUCAUCAUAUGCGCUGCUCCAUUCGCCAGCCACCGCCUGUACAAAGCAGGAGGAGGCCUCUUCCUGGCAUCUGGUCUUUUCCUGCUGUGUGUGGUGGUGAUGUACAUCCUGUGGGUGCAGGUGUUGGAUGUGGUGGAUGUCUACAUAGACCACCAGCGCUCUGCAUUGUGUCCAAACUUCCAGCUGUCUCUCAACUACGGUCUGUCCUUCAUGUUUGCCCCCGUUGGCAUUUUCUUCUGCCUCCUGGCUGGCCUUCUUUUCCUCCUGAUAGGCCGAACAAUCCAGGUUCAUUACAACUGACUUUAACCAACGGCAGUAUAGAAUAGGGGGGGUGAGAUAUCUGGAAUACAAGUGUUGUUUUGUGUGUUUUUUUUGUUGGUUGGACCGAUAUGUUCACAAUUUGUCUGCCUCGUGAAAGCAAGACUGUUUGGCAGCUCUGUGGUAUAAAUGAUCUGACAGGCUUUAACACUUUGUUCCAGGAUCAAAAAAUGGCAACCACUGUUGAGCUUGGAAAUGGGAUCAUAAUUGCUCCAUCCUGAGCUACUUUGAGCUAUAUCACAUACAGUUCUGUGCUAUCCUUAGAUAAUACACUAUAUGGGGAAUUCUCAACAAGGCUGAUCACACAUAAAUAUUAAACACUUUUGGUUGAAUCUUGACUGAUGACAAUUGCAAGUGUAUAAUAAUCAUCAGCAAUUACAUGUUGAUGAGGAAAAUAUAGUUCAUUGAAAGCAUUUCAUGCUUGUGUGGAAGAGUGCUGGAGAGGUGAAAAAGACUGAUCCCCAGUCUAUAUCAGCGCGUGGUUGAACAAGUAUUAAAAUAUUCACACUUUAAAACACAAUACACUUUAUACAGCGUGUAAAAAUGUGGAUAGUAAUAAGCUUGUGGUGUGGCAUAAUGCAUUUUACAGUAUAUUCUGUAUAUAACUAAUGCUACUUUGGAAACAGUGCUGGCCAGCAGCCUUUGUUGCAUUCACUUUAAAGGAUAAGGCUGAUAAUAUUCUAUUUUUUCCAAUGAAAAGAUCAAGUGCAUUAGUCUCUCAUUACCCUCCUUGUCUAACCUCGUCUGUGACACUCAGUCCAAAGGCUGUUCUUUUAUAUUGAAUAUGUCAAUUUUUAAAAACAGACCAUGAAUAUAUGCAUUUAGUUUUAAAAUAAUCUCCAAAAGAGCUGGGCACUGCAGGUUUUUAAAAAGGACUGACACAGGAAUACAUAGUAUAUUUUAUGGGGACUAUCCAGCUGCAGGUUAAUACAUAUGUGGUGAUUUGGUGAGUAAUUACAGUAAAAGGAUACAGUAUCAACUCACUUAUCCUUUAAUAUCAUCAACUAUUCAUAAUUCAUAGAGUUUAUGAUGCCUAAUUAUUUCUGCAGUAUAAUUUUACUGUUGUACAUAGUCUGAAUCUGUGCUGUUAUUUGGUCAUGGGUCAACACAGUUUCUGUUUAUAAAUAAAGCUUGAAGUAUGAAUACAUUUUUUUUUAUGUUAUGUGAUUGUUUUUUGUUGGGUUUCCUGUAUGAGUUGUUAUGUGUGUGGUGAGAUUCUUACAUCAUAUCAUGUGUGUCCAAAUAACUCUUAAUUUCUUCUUCUGUGAUGUAUUUGCCAAUAAAAUAAUGAGU